AGCAGCCACUCACUUUCUUACCCUGAAGCUAUAGCAUUCAGAGAGGGCGCGGGUGUGGACGUGAGGAGCCCGGAGCUCAGAUCAAACGCUUACGCUGGUGGAGAUGUGGAAGUCUGUAGUGGGUCAUGAUGUAUCUGUUUCCGUGGAGACCCAGGGUGAUGACUGGGACACAGACCCUGACUUUGUGAAUGACAUCUCUGAGAAGGAGCAACGAUGGGGAGCCAAGACCAUCGAGGGCUCUGGACGCAAAGAGCACAUCAACAUUCACCAGCUGAGGAGCAAAGUGUCGGAGGAGCAUGAUGUUCUCAAGAAGAAAGAGAUGGAAUCAGGGCCCAAAGCGUCCCAUGGCUAUGGCGGUCGGUUUGGAGUGGAAAGAGACCGAAUGGACAAGAGUGCCGUGGGCCAUGAGUACGUUGCUGAGGUGGAGAAGCACUCUUCGCAGACUGAUGCUGCCAAAGGCUUUGGGGGCAAAUUCGGAGUUGAGAGGGACAGGGCAGACAAGUCAGCAGUUGGCUUUGAUUACAAAGGAGAAGUGGAGAAACACACAUCUCAGAAAGACUACUCUCGAGGCUUUGGUGGCCGUUAUGGGGUGGAGACGGAUAAACGGGACAAAGCAGCUCUGGGAUAUGACUACAAGGGAGAGACGGAGAAACACGAGUCCCAGAGAGAUUACGCCAAGGGCUUUGGUGGUCAGUAUGGAAUCCAGAAGGACCGAGUGGAUAAGAGUGCUGUUGGCUUCAAUGAGAUGGAGGCCCCAACCACAGCUUAUAAGAAGACGACACCCAUAGAAGCAGCUUCCAGUGGUGCCCAUGGGCUGAAGGCAAAAUUUGAGUCCAUGGCUGAGGAGAAGAGGAAGAAGGAGGAAGAGGAGAAGGCACAGCAGGCAGCCAGGCAGCAACAGGAGCGCAAGGCUGUGGUGAAGAUGAGACAAGAGGUUCAGCAGCCAGUGGUUCCCGCAGAAAAGCCAGCAGCGCCAGCCCCAUUGCCCAAGAAAAUCUUCUCAGAGGCCUGGCCUCCAGCACAGAGUCACCCAGCACCAGAGCCCGAGCCUAUGAGAACUAGCAGAGAACACCCAGUGCCUUCCCUGCCCAUGAGGCAGAGUCCCCCGGAGGACCAUGAGGAGCCCCCAGCUCUGCCUCCUAGAACUCCAGAAGGCUUCCAGGUGGUGGAAGAGCCAAUAUAUGAAGCAGAGCCUGAGCCUGAGCCUGAGCCUGAGAAUGACUAUGAGGAUGUUGGGGAGAUGGACAAGCAGGAGCAGGAUAAUGAUCCAGAGGGGGACUAUGAGGAUGUGCUGGACCCUGAGGAUCCCUGUGUUCCCUCCACCCUGGCUAGACCAUCAGGCAGCCCAGCUAGGGCUGGGGCUAUGGGGAUCUCAGCUGUUGCCCUGUAUGACUACCAAGGAGAGGGAAGUGAUGAGCUUUCCUUUGAUCCGGAUGACAUCAUUACUGACAUUGAGAAGGUGGAUGAGGGCUGGUGGCGGGGACGUUGCCACGGCCACUUUGGACUCUUCCCUGCAAAUUAUGUCAAGCUCCUCCAGUGACUGACCUCACUAUCUACUACAGCUGUGACUCCCCAUGUCCAAAGUGGCUCUGCCUCCAUCCCAUCCCCAUUCCUGCUGCAAGUGCCUAACAGGAAGUCUUGGGUUACCCGAGGUUCUGGACAGACUUCCCUCUCCUGUUUCAUUAAGGCUUCAGGCCAAAACAGCAUGAGGAAGGAGGUCUCCUUCCCGAUGGUGUCCUCUAUGUCCUGGAAUAGCUCUUGGAUGUUUACAUUGUGGUCCUGCCUUCUUCCCCAGUAAUGCCCACUAUAAUGACUCCCCCAAUUCUGCUCUAUGCCCUUGUAAGCACUGGGCUUCCUGGUUUGCUUACCUGAGAAGGUGGGUCUAUUCUACCUGGUUGUGUUUUUGCCCACUUUUCUUUCCUUUGGAGAUAUUUCUGAGAUUCUUUUCUGUUCACUCCUAAAGUUGGAAAUAAAGUGGGACUUCUGUGCACCUCUGUGCUGAGGAAAAUAAAACUUCUUGUGCAGUC